UUGUUAGAUUGGCAACAGUUUCUGGAAGAGAAGCACCAAGUGCUCCUUUAAUCUUUAUUCUGAAAUUACUGAAUAUAUUAGAUAACAGUAUUUUGCAAACUUCUGCUGUUGUCUAUAAAGUAAAAUAUUUAAUAGUGGAUUCACCGAUACUGGUUUCUAUCAUGCCAUCACAUUUAUUAUUUCUGUACUGCUUUUAACAUUGUAUUAUUAUUAGUUUUUGCUAAUUUAUGUUGUAUUAACUAAUAAACUAAGCUUAACUAAACUAAUGAUUUCACAUAGUUUUCGAGUAGUGCAGUUUUCAGAGUGGUGUACACAAACAGUAAAAACACAACAAAUCUUUUCUGUUUUAAUCUAAAGACGUUGAAUGUACCGGGCCUCAGUAACACAGAGAGAUCAGAACUAAAACCCAAUGAAUCAGUUUAGCAGAGGACGGUUCCCCGUUUGAAUGUUGCCUAGCAACAGGGUCAAAGGGAUUCAUGUUGCUUAUAAACUCCAGAUGAUUAAAAAAAACUUUAUAGCCUGAUUCUUAUAAGUUUGUUUAAAGAUAUCAUGAUAUUUAUUUUAUGGGAAAUGAAGCAUAAAGCAAUACAAAGACAAGCAUAAGUACUCUUCAAAAUAAUUCAAAAUUUUAAGUUUUGGUAUUUUUAUUUUUUCUAAAAAUCAAAACUUUGCUUUUCUUUUAGAUGUACCAUUUCUAGAUAUGAUAAAGAAAAAGAAAUAAAAUAGAAGCAGUGACAUCACAACAUGUGACAUCACACCAGGGUCUCAAAGGCAGAGUUCUGUGACCUCACAAGAGUCUAUUUCUUUAUGUCAGAUAACCUCACUUGUCUGACGUGUCUGAGACAUUUCUCCUGAUUCGCAGUUCAGUUCGCAGUUUUUCAACUUUGUUUGACACACAACUCUGUUGUAAAUUUACACAGAGCUUUGUGUGAAAUCUGUCCUGAUUUUCUAGAAAGAUAAUUUGUCUUAUAAUCUGAAACAAGCAAAAGUUCAGAUGGAGUCAAACAAGCCUUUUGUUGAGAAGGAAACAUGGGGUGAUUGUGUAGAAAGAGAAUUAGGGGAGCUGCCUGAAAAUGAGAGUUAUACAAAGCAGACCGUUAUCUGUGCACAAACAAAGGUCACUGAAAAAGAAUGGGAAACAUUCUUGGAGCCAGACAAUAUGCAGCUGGAGAACCUGACCGAGAUCUCUGACAUUCAAACUUCAGAUAGCACUCAGGACGAAAGUUUUACACAAGCUUGUGACCAUCAAAGUUCAGAGGAUUCAGAGAAUAAUCCCCGCUUACGGCACAUCAGAAGGGGAUGGACUCCCACCUACAACUGCCCAACACACCAUCAAAACAACAGACAGAGGUUCUGGAAUCAGUCCUCAGCCCCACCGAACACCAGCCCACAUCAAAUUAGGCCACAAUGGACACCUCAUGCAGGUUACCAAAAUCCACAAAUGAGUUUUGAUAACAUGCAAGAGGGAAAUUUCCAAAGGUACCACAACUCCCAAAUCCCUGUGCCUAACUCUUGGCAAGCACCAUUACCAAUACCACCACCUUAUAUGAUGCAGAUAAACUAUCUUAGAUUCCAGGUAGAAUAUCUCGACAAUGACUUGCGGAAAAACAACAUAUCUCUCUCUGAGCAAACUGAAAAGAGGCUGCAGGCGGAAAAAAAGUAUGAUGACUGUUUGAUACAGCUCCGCCUUAAUGAAGAGACACUUAAGAAGUCCAAAUUGGAAUAUAACAAAGUACAGGAAUACUUAACGAAACUGCUAAAUGUGAUGUUAGGUUAUGGUAACAUGGAAGACAAGAAUUUCCAAUUGUUGCACAACUCCCAAAUCCCUCUGCCUAUGCCUUACCCUUGGCUACCACCACCGCUAAUGGCACCACCUUAUCUGAGGCAGAUAAGCAACCUUACACAGCAGUUAGAAUAUCUCCAGAGUGAAUUGCAGAAAAACAGCAUAUCUCUCUCUGUGCAAACGGAAAAGAGACUGCAGGCGGAACAAAAGUAUGACGACUGUUUGACACAGAUCCACCUUUAUGAAGAAGCACUUAAAGACUUUAAAGAAUUUCCAAAUGUGCCCCAGCAAAUCAUUUCUGUACAAAUUCAGACAGAUUUACAAGAAACCUUAAAGUUGAAAACACUCUGUUAUCAAGCUGGUUCAACACAAACUGAGAUGGAUGUACCAGAAACCAGGUCUAGAUUAAUACCAGUCCAUCAAAUGAUUUCAACACAAACAGAGACAGAUUCAUUUUUAAAUGUUUCAGUACCAGAAACAGUCAAGGAUCCGACAGUUUCCCUAAAAAAUGAGAUCUAUACAAAUGAAAUAUUGAUCUCUGAACAGCAGCAGGUCACUGAAGAAGAAAAGGUCACUUCUAAAACUCAAAACAUGGUCAAAAAAGCUAAGACUGUGACACAGCAAAUUGUUUUAGAAACAAAAACAGGGAACCCUCAGACAGUUUUUGAACAAAAUGAGACAAAUAUCUGCAAAAUUUCAGAGGCAGAAUCAGUUAAGGCUCAUGCAGCUUCGGCUGAAAGUGAGGGUGGUCCAAAGGAAAAGCAAAUCUUAAAGGUGCUGAAGGUAAACAAAGCAGAAAGAGCCUCUAAAACCCAAGAGAAAUCUAUCCAGAAAUGUAAGAAAUUACAAUAUGAAAAGUCUAGAAGUAAGAAGCCAAAAACAGAAACUGACUCUGAGCCUCAAACAGUCAAUAAUUUAACAGUUUCUGAAGAAGUGGUUGUAGAUGAAACACAAAUUCUUUCAGAACCAGAAACAGUAGCAUCCGCUCCACAGAUGAAGUUUGAAGUAGUGGAAGAUGUCAUCUCCACAUCACUUCAGGGACCAGAAACACAUGGAUCAAAAGAGUUAUCUGUGCAGGAAACUGGUUCUGAACAAGAAGAGGGCCAAAUAAAAGAGGUUUCACUGUGGAGGCAUUUCAAAAAAGCUAUGACUCCAUCACAUCGACGCCAGUACAAACACAUUAAGGAAAACCGGCCUCAGUAGACUUCAACUCUUGUCUUUGAUAGGAUGGAUGUUUCUAAUUGUGAACAUCAAAAAUUAUACCCUAAAGGGAUAUUCCACAUAAAAAAGAAAAAGGAUGCACCAAUAUCACUGGGAUGUAAAAGAUUUGAAAAGCAAGGGCUGCACGGUGACAGAGUUCUCCCCGUGUAUGCGUGGGUUCACUCCGGGUGCUCCGGCUUCCCCCACAAAGUUCAACAACAUUAAUGUUCAUGUUCCUCCAUUAUAGGGUCCUUAUUUCUAUCUAAAAUCAUCCAUCGUUUUUAAUUAAAGGAAUAUUUCAAGUAAAAAAUCUAAACAAAAGUAAAAAUAAAAAACAAUAAAAAACAAUGCAAAACAUUAAACAAAACAAAACAAUUGCAUCAUCAAGUCAGCACCCAAUAACAACGGUUUGAAUUGCACAUAAUAUAAUCCACAGGCAGAUAAAUGACGGGUGUCAAAACUUUUGACUUGGAGGAGGCCGCUACAUCAGAAACAGGCACCAGAGAGCAUGAGUGGUGGCAUCGUGAGUGAAGCAGUGGUGUCACAGGCAGCUACUGGAGGGUCCGACAGUCAGUCAGAGCAGCGGGUGAAGGUCAGAAAACACAGAGUCUGACUCGCAGGCUCAUUGGACAGCAUCGCCAGCUCUUGAUGGAGUUGGAUAGGGUUUGUGUUGUAGGCUUGUGUGAGGAUGUGUUGUAGAGAUCCAUUUACCUGGCUUGUAAGGCAUACAGAUGUCAUGGUGACUAUUAUUGGCACUAGACAUCUGUACUCCCCACAUGCCAUGUAUUUAGGCUGGGUGGGCGUUUUGUGUCUUGUCUGGCAUGUGGGGUGUACAUAUGUGAUGGUGACUAUUGUUGGAACCAAACAUCUGUACUCCCCACAUGCCAGGCAAUGAGACUGGGUGGGCGUUUCAUGCCUUGCCUGGCAUGUGAGGUGUACAGAUGUUACAGUGGACCCAUGUUAGAACUAGACAUCUGUAUGCCCCACAUGCCAGGCAAUGAGACUGGGUGGGCGUUUCAUGCCUUGCCUGGCAUGUGAGGUGUACAGAUGUUACAGUGGACCCAUGUUAGAACUAGACAUCUGUAUGCCCCACAUGCCAGGCAAUUAGACUGGGUGGGGGUUUGUACCAUUGCUUGGCAUGUGGUGUGUACAGAUGUUACAGCGCACUAAGGUUGGACUCAGACAUCUGUACGCCCCACAUGCCAGGCAAUGAGACUGGGUGGGCGUUUCGUACAAUUGCCUGGCAUGUGGAGUGCACAGAUGGUAUUGUGGCUAUUGUUGGAACCAAACAUCUGUACUCCUCACAUCCCACUUAUUAAGGUUGGGUGGGCGUUUUGUGCCUUGUCUGGCAUGUGGGGUGUACAUAUGUGAUGGUGACUAUUGUUGGAACCAGACAUCUGUACUCCCCACAUGCCAGGCAAUGAGACUGGGUGGGCGUUUCGUACAAUUGCCUGGCAUGUGGAGUGCACAGAUGGUAUUGUGGCUAUUGUUGGAACCAAACAUCUGUACUCCUCACAUCCCACUUAUUAAGGUUGGGUGGGCGUUUUGUGCCUUGUCUGGCAUGUGGGGUGUACAUAUGUGAUGGUGACUAUUGUUGGAACCAGACAUCUGUACUCCCCACAUGCCAGGCAAUGAGACUGGGUGGGCGUUUCGUACAAUUGCCUGGCAUGUGGAGUGCACAGAUGUUACAGAGGACCCAUGUUGGAACCCUACAUCUGUACACCCCACAUGCCAGGCAAUGAGACUGGGUGGGCGUUUCGUACAAUUGCCUGGCAUGUGGGGUGUACAGAUGUUAUUGUGGCCCAUUGUUGAAACCAUACAUCUGUUUGCCCCACAUGCCACUUGGUGAGCAUGGGUGGGCAUUUCGAGUCAAUACAUGACAUGUGGAGCUUAGAGAUGUCUGGUCCCGUCAUUGGUCGCUGUUGCAUCUAUAUGCCCCAUAAGCCAGGUUUAUGAAUCUCUACAACCUGCUUCAUGCAAACCUGCAAUACAGCCUUGUCGAACACCAUCACCAGCUGGUGGUGUUGUCUGAUGCGUCUUCAAGUCAUU